AUGGCCUCCGACAGCGGCGAUAGCAACAUGGACAGAGAAAUGAUUCUGGCUGACUUUCAGGCUUGUACUGGAAUUGACAACAUUGCAGAGGCAAUCACUCUGUUAGAGCUUAAUAACUGGGACUUAGUGGCAGCCAUCAAUGGAGUCAUACCACAGGAGAACGGCAUCUUGCAAAGUAACUUUUCCAGUGAGGCAAGUCAGGCCAAUGUCUUUGGACCUCCCAGCCAAUCAGAAGCAGCCGAUGCAGCCGCCGGAGGCACUGUCCCUCCUCUUUCCUCUUCGUCUUCAUCCUCUUCUCCUCCAUCGUCUUCGACCUCUGCUUUUUGCCCCGUCAGCCCCACUUCCCGACACAUUGUAGAACGCCAGCCCCGGAUGCUCAACUUCAGGGUGGAGUACAGGCAGCGCUCAGUAGAGCUGGUACUGGAGGAAGGCAGCACUGUGGGAGAAAUUAAAAACAUCCUUGAGACAGAGCUUGGUGUUCCAGUGUCCAAAAUGCAGCUGAAAGGAUGGAAGAGUGGAGAUGUUUCUGACACUACGGUGUUGAGGAGUUUACACCUUCCCAAGAACAACAGCCUCUAUGUCCUGACUCCAGACAUCGCCCCUACUGCCAGUACCAGCAAAAACAGUGCUCUUCAAGAGUCAUUAAACCAGAACUUCCUUCUGGUCAUCAGUCACCGUGAAGCCCAGAGGGACUACAGUCUCAACUUCCCCGGCUCCAGAACCAUACAAGAGGUGAAGAGGAACAUUUCAGACUUGACCAACAUCCCUGUGCGGCAUCAACAGUGGGAGGGAUGGCCAGCAUCAGCAUCUGAUGACUCUAUGACAUUAGCUGUCUCUGGAAUCAGCUACCCUUGCCAUCACCUCAGUGUUUGUCGAAGGUUGUCACCAGCCAAUGCCCAGGAGCCCACAGAAGAGUGUGCAGAUGUUCAUAUGAUAAGUGACAGUGAGGGUGAUGACUUCGAAGAUGCAUCAGAGUUUGGUGUGGACGACUCAGAGAUGUUUGGAAUGGGAUCUUCAAGUUGUCGGAAAUCGCCUAUGAUGCCAGAAAAUAGUGAGAAUGAAGCUGAUGCCUUACUGCACUUUACUGCCGAAUUUUCUUCAAGGUAUGGAGAGACCCACCCCAUGUUUUUCAUUGGGUCUUUGGAGGCAGCAUCUCAAGAGGCCUUCUAUGGCAAAGCCAGAGAUAGGAAGCUGCUGGCCAUCUACCUCCACAACGACGAGAGUGUCCUCAGCAACGUCUUCUGCUCUCAGAUGAUGUGUGCUGACUCCAUUGUUUCCUACCUGAGCCAGAACUUCAUCACAUGGGCCUGGGACGUCACUAAAGAAGCCAACAAAGCCAGACUACUCACCAUGUGUACAAGGCACUUUGGCAGCGUGGUAACACAAACUAUACGGACGUACAAGACAGACCAGUUCCCCCUGCUCCUUAUAGUCAUGGGAAAACGCACAUCCAAUGAAGUUCUAAAUGUUAUUCAAGGCAAUACAACAGUGGAUGAGCUGAUGAUGAGGUUAAUGGGAGCAAUGGAGAUCUUCACAGCACAACAACAAGAGGACAUUAAAGACGAGGAUGAACGCGAGGCCAGAGAGAUGGUGAAGAGAGAACAAGACGAGGCCUACCGCCUGUCUCUAGAAGCUGACCGCAAGAAGAGAGAAGCCCAAGAAAGAGAAGAGGCUGAACAGGUCCGUCUGGAACAGAUGAGGAAGGAGCAAGAGGAGGAGAAGGAGGCCAUCCGUUUGUCACUGGAACAGGCCCUACCGCCAGAGCCAGACGAGGAGUCAGGAGAGCAAAUCAGCAAACUGCGAAUUCGCACACCGAGUGGAGAGUUUCUGGAAAGGCGUUUCCUGGGCAGCUGUAAGCUCCAGGUCCUCUUUGACUUUGUGGCAUCCAAGGGAUACCCAUUCGACGAGUUCAAGCUCCUCACCACCUUCCCUCGUAGAAAUAUCACGCAGUUGGAUCCGGGGUCGACUCUACUGGAGGCCAAGUUGUUCCCACAGGAGACUCUGUUCCUGGAGGCGAAAGAAUAGGACGUGGUCAUCUGGCGGCUCAGAGGACACACUGACUGGUGGACUUGAACAGGCUGAACAUAAACUACUCACCGAGCAUGGCCCCCCCUUCCACGUCUGGGCCGACAACACACACACACACACAUACACACCCACACAGAGGCCACUCUCAGACACACACACACACACACACUCACACACACUGGCAUGCACGUCCAGUGACAAACUAGUGCAGUAAGCUUCUCUGUGGUCGGCCUAGUCGCGGUCAUCAAUGCCUGGUGUUCACGUGUUGCACCGAGGAGCAAAGACAGUAUCACAAGCACACGGCCAAACACUCACCUCGCUCGUCUCCUCUGUCUGUCUCUGAAGCCGUCGCACCUUUAUCCACAUCACCUUCCAAACUGCUGUGUCAUGGUUUUCUCACAACACACAAACACAACAUAGUGCGAUAACAGCAUCGAGAGACUAAGUAGAUUCAUCUUUGUCAGAGGAGGGAAAAAAACGACAAAACCACGGACUUGUUCCCCGUUUCCACGUUCAACACACUAAGGCUGCUUUUUUUAGAACAUGUUCUUUUGUGUUUGAAAUCAAAAAAAUGCUAAAAAUAAAAUAAAAUAAACAGCAAGAAGAGAUGUUGCCCCGCAGAAAAGUUUGGGCUGUCUCAUCUCCACCUGUGUUUAAACCUUCAAGCCUUCCUAAACCUCUUCUCUACCCCCUCCCCUCCUCCUCCUCCUCCUCCACCCCCACCCCCUCCGUCCACUGUUGCCGUGGGGAUGAGACGAACCUGGACGUGGACGGCGUCUGCUGUGGACACUCUGGUCUUUGCCUCCCUGGUUCUGAACGUCCACCGCUCCACAAGCCAACAAUCUGCUCCGAUUUCAGUUUUUUCUUUUUCUUUCUUUUUUUCUUUUUCUUGAUCCUUUUUAAGUUUGAUGCUGUAUUAGUUUUAGUUUGAUAUACAUUAUAUAAAAUAUAUGAAUAUUGACAUCAAUCCGUGUAGCGCCACUGUCUGUCAAACCCGUCUGGUCUUCCAUGUACAUUUUGUACCUCUGUUAAAAUAAUCUGAACAUGCCAACAGUUUUAAAUUAGUUUAAUUUAGGGUUUCUGUAGACAAUGAAAAGCCAAGUGUAUGAAUUUCAUGUUGUUUGGGUGAUAAUUAAGGAAACUAACAUUUCUUCAGACAAUCUGAUAAAUUUAGAGAUUUAAAAGUGCAGUUUUUUCAUAUUGGUUUACACAGGAAGCUGGUUUCCACUGACAUAGUAUAUCAUAUAUCUACAGUAGCUCCAGUCCUACUGUGUCUGAAUGUGGACCAGAGUUAAGAUCCCCUUAACUACAAUGCCCACAACAAACCAAACACAAAUAUUCACAUAUUAGGUUCUACAUUUACAUGGACAGUUUUUGCAGUCACCAUAGAUAAGGGAGAGGUGGGUACGUAUUUGUCUGCAGUUUUCAUCUUCGCCUUUCAGUGUUACUAAAUAUCACACACUGAACCAUUAACUCACAAACGGCUGCAUCUGAAGGUCACUUCUGCCUGUUCUAUUCAUAUUGGUGUAUUUCCUGCAGAUUUAGCCAAACUUUCACUAUAUCAUGCCCCAACCUAACCUUAAACAAAUAGAAUUACGUCCUCUAUUAAGGUGCGUCAUUGUGUACUACCAUGUUUGAGUGUUGGAAACAGUUAUAUUCCACUUAACCAGAAUGGACAAAACUCCAGCUGUAACAGGAGACAUUCAGAGUCUUUUCAGCCACCGUUGGUGAUGGUAUAGGGAUGAAAUAUGCAGUUUCACCCCUAAAUAUCACUGAAUAUUAUACAUUGAACCUUUAAGUGCUAUCAAGGAUUCUGGAACAGCUAUAAAUAUUAAUCUCCCUGCAUUAAAUUGUGAGAAUUUUAAAGCACCAAAAACGAUAAAGUUGACACACUUAAUGACUUUCUAUUCAUAUUAAUGUUAAAGAAUCCUUUCACACAUGACAUGUCUGAGGAUUCUCAGUAAAUGUGCAGCUGAUACUGUCCAGUUUCAGCAUUUCCACA